UGGAAGUGGUUCACAGUGCUGCAUGGUUUUUUGAAUGACGAGGUGUAGUGCUUAAAAGGAGGUACCGUUGAGAUGAUACGUGGAAAACACCAAUCAUUUCAUAAACUGACCUUCGCCUCAGUGGCAUCCCAGUAAAUGACGCUGGGAAAUGGAGCGGGAUUUAUAUACGUGUGUAAGAUGACGAGAAGGUUGAGAAAGUAUGCCUAAACUAACAGAAGCAAAAGCAACGCCGUUCUGUCUUUAUAUAUAUAUACAUACAUAUAUAUAUAUAUAUGAAUAUAUAUAUUUUUGUAGGUUAAUAUUCUAUGAAUUACAAGAGACAGGUAACUAGAAGCAAAACGAGAAAGCAAAAGGCAAAGUUAAUAGAAGACAACAGCGGCAAAAGCAGCCGACACACAACACGUGCGCUCCAGACUGUUUGUCAUUUAAUUCGAGUGUCACUUUUUGUUUGUAACUUUGUUCGUUAAUCAUAUAAAAAUACAAUAUUGGUGUAGCCACAUUCACUGCAGAAAUAACACAGUAAAGUAGGAUAGGAUAACAGGAGAGGGCUUUCAUUUCCAUUUAUUGAGCGAAUCAUGGUUGGCAACGUGUCGAAAUGUUACUUUUUUAUUAUUAUUUUCCUUUCUUAUAAUUGAAAAUUAUGGCAUGCUUAACGUGUAGCGGUUUCACAUUCUUUUUUUUUUCGUCCUGGAAUGUACUACUAUAACCGCCCAGAGACGAGACGAUCACUUGCUCGCAAACAUUCUUGUCAUUUGUAUGGCACCCCUUUAUCCGACGCGCUUUUAUUUCUUUAUUAUCUGGAUUUUUUGUCUUUAUUUGGAACUGGCAUGAAGUGUUUCGAUUAUUAUCUGAGUCUCUCGGUAGUCCAGCAAAAAUUAUCAGAUAAUAGACCUAUAAAACAAUCCGGUAAAUUCCUGGUCAACUUCGGAUGGAAUUCAGUGGGCUACGGGUGUUAUCUUUGUUUGUUAUUUUGAUGUACGGUCAUCAAUGUGUAAGGAGUAUACGGGGAAUGGCACUAAAAUAACGAAGGUAUCGUGAAGUGAUUUUGAAACGGUGCCGCAAUCCAUAGUGGGAGUGGAUGGGUUUCGGCAAACGGACAAACACUUCACACAAUUAUAACGCCAGAUCCCCGUAUGCAAUGUUGGUAAAACGAAACAAUCAUUAGAAAGGAAAGAAAGGUCAAAAGAGAAAGAGUAGGAUGAAGAGAGAAAGAGAGAGAGAGAGAGAGAGAGAGAGAGAGAGAGAGAGAGCAAGAGAGAGAACAAUUGAUUGGGUUAAGUGAAUGAAAUCAAGCAACACAUUGUGGAACUAAACUAGAACUUUAGUAAAAUAAUAAAACAGAGGGAAAAGGACGCUACUGUAAAUGGACAGAGGGCAGUUGAAAGAAAACUUGCUAUCGGGAGGUACACGCUGUAUCAGAUGAACCCAACAUUCUUCUGAUAAAAGAAAACGAUUGUAUUUCAAUUCUAGUGCUCAUGUUUCGUACUGAUAGUAAGUAUAUAAUAUAGCUUCUAUAGCUUGGAUCGCGCUACCCUCGUUA